GUUGCAAAUGAUGUGCCUCUUUCAUCAUCAAGUUUUCAAACAUCAAAGAAGAUUAUUAUGGUUGCUGUAUUAGUAGAAAAAGUUUUUUUUUUUCUUUUUAAAAGGCAGUUGCUCUUGUUCCACUUCUUAUAUGGGUGCUUUUUACUGAUGCUAAGGAAGACUGAGUUUAUGUUCUUUUUUCCUUUUGCUUGGCAGCAGUAUUCUUAUCAAAUGAGUUGCCUUACUGAUGGUAAAAUUGUGGCAACUUUGAUGAAAAUCAAAUUGAUCAUCAUGAUAAUCUUAGCAGAACGAAAUAUUUUUUUUUUUUAAAAAAAAAAAUUGUUAGAGGAAUUAGCUAUAUGAAUUCAAACAGGUAAGUAAUACAAAUGUUAUAAAAGCUAGUUCAUGAGGCUCAUGUCUAGAUCAGGAUAAUAUUAGCAGGCUAUCAAAUGAUUUGAUAUCUGAUACGAACAUGGAAAGCUGGAGUAUCUCAAAUAUCUCUGCAUCAGUAAAUUGUUAGUUGCCCUUUUCUCCCUUCUUUGCUUCGUAGCAUUUACAUGUUGAAGACAAAAAUAAAGUUUGUUAUAUCCAACGCACAAAGCUUUUAUCUGAGUCGGUAGCAAAAUUUCAAUAUGGUAGUAUCUUCUGAGCAAGUAGAAAUCUUGAGCUUGUAGUGAAACUAGAAAUUUCAAUUGUGUUGUGUUGUACUCUUUUUUCCAGUCGUUUGUUCAUUUGUGUGUUUUUGAGAGCGCAGACAUUCUUCAAUCAUCUGAAUUGAAGGUUGUCAGAAACCAAAUCCUUUUCACGGCCAUAUAUACCAAGCCUGACAAUGGGCAGUUAGUUAAAUUGGCUUUUGAUUUACAUAACAUUCGCCAGGCUUGACAUUGCUUUUGCCGUAUAUGUGCUUAGAUAGUUUAUGCAACCGCCAAAACAAUCUCAUCAUGCAGCCUUUGAGAACCAGCUUAAAGGAUUUUUAUCAGUAAAGUUAUGCCCUAUCACAUAACUUGUGGCAAUGAACUUAGUCACUGUGACAUAAUUUAUGUCACUGAACUUAUGCCUUGGAGCAUAACUUGUGUCAGUGAACUUACGUCCCACAAAUACUUUUGCCUUGCGAUUUCUAUUUUUCUAAGCUUUUCGCUGUCAAGGGCACUUUUGGCCACUUCAUUAUUUACGUUGUAAAGGGCAAAAAUUAAAUAUCUCCCCAAAAUAAUGCAUUUGUGCAAACCAACCAUUUUGAAGUAUCCACCUAUUGGAAGACUCCUCUCCAUGUCAAGCACUAACUUUAUUUCUUACUUGGUCUACCACUUAAACUUUAUUUUCCCAUUCAAACACACAUUUAAUGACAUAGGAAGAUUCCAAAUUAAAGUUUUAUGAGUUCAAUCUUAAAGGCUUUCACUGGGUAAGUUGUUGUAAUUUUUAAAGGUUUUAGAAUUGAAUGUAUUGUAUUUGUAAAACUAUGGGUUCUGACUUAAUUUCUUGGUGCAAUCUUAAUAAAUUUCUAUGCAUAAACUUAUCUCCACAUGAACAAUAUUAGAUUCAGAUGAACUCAAUAUCUCGGUGAUGCAUCCGCCACUAACAAUUGAAAUAAUGUUUUUCUUGUCAUGAUGGAGAAUUUUAAUAAAAUUAAAAUGCGCACAAUUGAAUUUUGCAAAAGUUGUGGUAAUUACCUAAUUGAAAAAGUUGUGGUUAUUACCUAACUCACCCAUCUCAUGCCCUGCAUAACUAUUUAAAAUCUCAAAACAACAACGUUAUUGGACAUAACGAGUUCCUUCUAAUUUAUGCAUUAUGGAGAAAACUUUCACCUCUUUUCUCUUGACACUCUUGUUGCUUCACUUUUGUUAUGGCUAUUUCAGCCAUGACCCAUACCAACGUUACCACUGAUCAAUUAGCUCUUCUCUCCCUUAAAUCCCAAAUCAAUUCAGACCCCUUUCACUUCUUGAAUGAAAGCUGGUCUCCCGCUACGUCUGUUUGCCAUUGGUUUGGAGUCACUUGUGGCUCUCGCCAUCAGAGAGUGAAAUUCUUGAAUCUUUCCAACAUGGCUCUAACAGGAUUCCUUGUGAACUUGGAAACCUCACAUUUCUUGUUUUUCUUAACUUGGGAAGCAACAAUUUCCAUGGAAAUUUGCCUCGCAAAAUGGCACGCUUGCACCGGCUUAAGGUUCUUGAUUUAAGUUUCAACAGCUUCAGCGGGGAGGUUCCCUCAUGGUUUGUUUUUUUACACCAACUUCAAUUUCUAAGUCUUAGGAAUAAUAGUUUCACGGGUUCACUCCUCUCUUCAUUUUCUAAUAUUUCAAAGAUUGAAACCUUGGAUUUGGCAAUCAAUUCCUUCGAUGGUCAAAUCCCGAAAGAGAUUGGUAGUGUUGAAUACCUGAGAAAUUUAAACUUGUAUGGAAACAAUCUCAUAGGCUCCAUUCCUCCGUCACUCACGAAUGCCUCAAGGUUAGAGACUUUAGAUUUAUCUCGAAAUUUACUUCAAGGAAAUAUUUCAGAAGGAAUUGGCAAUCUUCACAACCUGAACUUCUUGUCCAUACAAGAUAAUCAUCUUACCGGUUCUAUUCCAUUCACAAUUUUCAAUAUUUCGAAAAUCAAAGUCCUUGCAUUUACAAAGAACAGCCUAUCAGGAGAUCUUCCUAAUGGUUUAUGCAAUGAUCUCACAAUACUCAAAGAGCUUUAUCUGUCUUAUAACAAGCUUCACGGACGUAUGCCUACAAGCUUGUCAAAUUGUUCACAACUUCAAAUGUUGUCUUUAUCAUACAAUGAGUUUGAUGGUCCAAUACAUAGUGAAAUUGGAAAAUUGAGUAACUUGCUGGAAUUGUAUCUCGGAUAUAACCAUUUCACAUGUAUGUUCCUGUUGCAUUAACUAUCUUAUCACUGUUAGUAGUAUUGCAUUAAUUAUUCCUUGUACAAAUAAUUUAUUGCGCAUGAAUUUCAGGGAUAAUUCCAUUAGAACUGGGAAAUCUUGUUAAUUUGAUGGAGUUAGACAUGGGGUAUAAUCAGAUUUCCGGCUCUGUCCCGAUAUAUCUCCUCAUUGCAUUAUCUUUCACUAGGGAAAAACAAUCUCAAGGGAUCCUUACCACUGGACAUUGGAAACUUAACAAAGAUGCAAUUUUUAUAUCUUAGCGAAAAUAGGUUUACUGGUGAAAUACCCAAAGAGAUAAGAAAUCUCAUUAAAUUCGAGGAACUUCUUCUUGAGAUAAAUAGUUUUAGUGGUUCACUUCCAAUGGAGAUCUUCAACAUAUCAGGCCUGAAAGUAAUUGCUCUUACAAGCAAUAAUCUAUCAGGAACCUUCCCAACAAACAUGUGUUCUAUCUUACCCAACAUUGAAAAGCUUUUUCUGAACAACUUAGCCAAUAUUGAUGGGACUAUUCCUCAUUCAAUCUCCAAUUGUUCAAAACUUACUCAUCUAGAACUUUCAGAAAACAAACUUACGGGAUUGAUUCCCAACUCACUUGGAUAUUUGACCCAUCUACAGUUCCUAAACGUUGAGGAAAACAAUUUAAACAGUGACUCAUCAUUAAGCUUCCUGACUUCCUUAACCAAUUGCAGAACUUGGAUGUCAUAGACAUGACUCAAAAUCAAUUUUCAGGUUCUCUUCCUAAUUGUUUAGGAAACAUUACUUCCCUUGGAGAGAUACAUCUGGGUUCCAAUAUAUGGAGUUCCAAUAUACCACCAAGCUUAGGGAACCUUAAAGCUCUAGUGGUUCUUGACUUAUCUUCAAACAACAUGGUAGGUUCUUUACCUCCAGAGAUUGGAAAUCUAAAGGCUGCGACGCUGAUGGAUCUGUCAAUGAAUCGAUUCUCAAAUAGAAUUCCUAGAGAAAUUGGAGGAUUGCAAAAUUUGGUGAACCUUUCUUUGAGAAAUAACAAGUUGCAAGGAUCUAUACCUGACUCAAUUAGCAACAUGGUAGCAUUGGAAUUCCUAGACCUUUCUCAAAAUAACAUAUCAGGAACCAUUCCUAUGUCUUUGGAGAAACUUCAAAACCUGAAGUAUUCAAUGUUUCUGUCAACAAAUUAUAUGGUGAAAUACCCACAGGGAGUCCUUUCAAGAACCUCUCGAGUCAGUUUUUCACCGACAAUGAAGCAUUGUGUGGUUCUUCAAGAUUUAGUGUCCCAUCAUGCCCAACUUCAUCAAAACACAAAUAAAACAGGAAAAAAUUUCUAGUUCUGUAUCAUUUUCUAGGACUUGCAAUUUUAUUUGUUCCUAUAAUAUUUGUUUUUGUAUGGAUAAGGUAUAGAAAAGGUGAAAGAUCUCCUCAACAAGAUGAUUCAUUGUCUACACAGAAACGAGAAAGAAUUUCAUACUAUGAACUGCUCCAAGCAGCAGAUGAUCUUAGUGAGAGUAAUCUGAUUGGUUCCGGAAGUUUUUGCUCUGUUUACAAAGGCAUUCUCAAUAGUGGAAUUUUCGUUGCAGUUAAAGUGUUCAAUCUGCAACAAGAUGAGGCAUUCAAGAGUUUUGAUACGGAAUGUGAAGUUUUGCGUAGCCUUCGCCAUAGGAAUCUAGUAAAAGUCAUUACUACUUGUUCCAAUCUUGAUUUCAAGGCUUUAGUUCUCGAGUAUAUGCCUAAUGGGAGUCUUGAGAAAUAUUUGUAUUCGCACAACUACUUCCUAAAUACCAGGCGGAGAUUAAGCAUAAUGAUAGAUGUGGCAUGUGCUUUGGAAUAUCUUCACCAUGGAUGCUCGUCGCCUGUGAUCCACUGUGAUCUUAAACCUAGUAACGUCUUGCUGGAUGAGAAUAUGGUUGCCCACCUCAGCGACUUUGGCAUUUCAAAACAGCUUGGUAAAGAUCAGGGUGAUUUGUACGCUAAAACCUUAGCAACAUUGGGGUAUAUAGCGCCAGAGUAUGGACUGGAAGGACUAGUGUCAACAGAGUGUGACGUCUAUAGUUAUGGGGUCAUGUUGCUGGAAACGUUUACUAGGAGAAAGCCUAAUGAGUUUGAAGGAGAUCUUAGCUUGAUGCAAUGGGUGAGUUAUUCACUUCCAGAUGCAGUAAUGGACGUCGUGGAUGCCAACUUGGUAACAGCAACAGGGAAAGGCUUACAGAAGGAGCUAGAUGUUGUGGCAUCAAUCAUGAAAGUAGCAUUAGAUUGUUGUGCUGAAAAUCCGGCAAGAAGGACUAACAUAAAAGAUGUUGUAGGGCUGCUACAGAAGAUCAAUAUUCAACUUCUUGCAUGCUAAGCAUAU